ACCUUAUUCAACAGCUGUACUACAACGGCACCUGCCAAGUGAUCCACAACGGAAGAUUCAGCGAGGCGUUUGGAGUAAACACAGGAGUCAGACAAGGGUGCUUACUAUCACCAAUGAUAUUCGUAAUUGUGGUGAACUGACUGGAUUAUGCGCCAGACUGUGGGAAACGAGAAGACAGGAAUAUCCUGGACCGACGUGAAGAACCUAGAAGACCUGGAUUUCGCGGAUGACUUAUGUUUGAUGUCACACACAAUCGAAGACUUACAAGCGAAAACCGACAAACUGGUCGAAGAACCAGCAAAGACAGGACUCCAGGUAAACAUAGACAAGACGGAGGUUAUGAAAAUAACCAACCAACAACAGCAACAACAUCCAACGUCGAUCACCAUCAACGGGAGGGAUUUGAAAGAGGUGACUUCAUUCACUUAUCCAGGGAGCACUGUCUCAACUACAGGAGGAGCGGACGAGGAUGUCAAAUCGAGCGAGAAUCGGGAAGGCGAGCGAGAAACACAUUCAUCAACCUGGAAUCAAUCUGGAAAUCUUUGUCACUCAGCCAUCAUCAACAACAAAAUUCGGUUGGAUUUUCAAUACAAACGUCAAGUCAGUCAGUUCUUCUAUACGGAUCAGAAACUUGGCAGGCGAGUCACAAAGAAUAUUUCCAAAAGGUUGCAGACCUUUAUUAACAACUGUCUUCGCUCAAUACUGAAGAUCAGAUGGCCGGAAAGAAUCACCAACAAGGAAUUAUGGGAACAAACAAAGCAAGAACCAAUCGCCCAACAAAUAUGCAGGAGAAAGUGGAGAUGGAUCGGACACUCGCUGAGGAGACCGCUGGGUGACAUCGCGCG